AUGGAAGAAAGCCUGUUCCUUUGGCUUGUGCCAGGCCUCGAUCGCGUCCGAUUAGAUCUGAUCGAGGCUGGAGAUAUCGUUCGAACACACGAGGUCGAGCAGUGUCUCAGUGAUCUGUACAGUCGCAUUCGAUCGGAUGAGGCUGGUGCAGGGUCUAGAAAACAAAAGGAGUCAGGUGGUCUUCGAAGCGCCGUAACCGCCCACUUGGCCAAACUGGCUAUCCGAGGUACAAACCAUAAAACCACAUCUCCCGUUCAGCGGACCACACUUUCCGCCGGUCCGGAGGGCAAAACCCUGGGAAGGAACAAGCCGUCGCGUCUCAGUUUGAAAAAGCGGCCGCAGUAGUUGUGAUUUACCCGCAUGCCAUCCUCUCCUCUCUCCUCGUAUCUUGCCAUCAUCCCCAUCUUGUAUUCAUAUUCAUUCAAUAUUCCUCUCCAACCUAAUUUUAUCUGUCUACUGGCUGUGACUUUCUAUCGGCUGUGUAUUUUCUUUACUUCCAUGUUUAGUAACCUGUUUGAUCGUUUCGGAUCGGUUUUUUGGGCAACCUCACCCUGCUUUGUCCAUUGCUUUAAUUGUUUUUUCUAAGCUAGAUUUCUUCCUUCCUCCCAUGGUUUUUUUCUCAUAUCCUUACCUGGUACACACGAUUCUUUCAGUGAAAAUGUACCGG